CGCACAUUGAGACCAACGUUAUUUAUCGAUCUCGAAGACCGGCUUUUUUUGGUAAAAUUAAGGUUGUAGCUUGUUGUCGACAUCACUCCGGUCACAGAGAGGUGUUUUUUGUGUUUUAACUCCGUGUCGUUUGAGAGCUAUUGAGCCGGGAAGUCCGAAUCUGUGAAUAUCUUUCUAACUUUACUGAACUCGGCUCUCUGGAGCUCUCCACCAUUACGUCAAACAGAGAGAUGAGCAGACAUGUGUUUUACCCUGGGAGAAUGGCAGUUUCAUUCCGUAAGGGACCACGGGGAUUUCUCCGCCAGGAUCCGAGCGAUGCAGCCAAAGUCCUGAAAGACAACCCGUCUCUGCAGGACAAGUCUGCAGCUGUCAGGGAGGAGCUGGUCAGGCAGAACGCACUGACUGUGGUCCGCCAGAGAGGAGGAGACCCUUCAGAUACAACCGAGGUGUCUGGAGAUUACAUCCUGCAGUUUGGGAAGUACAAGGGGAAGUCCUUCCGCUGGCUUCUGGAGAAUGACAUUGGAUACACCAUCUACCUCAUCAGGAACCAGCAAGGAGAGGAAGCUGCAGGAGUGUUCAUGGCAGCGGGGCACAACAAGGACAGCCUCCUGUCCUUUAUCAACUAUUCCCUCAUGUUUCGAGAAAUCCAGUCUCUCCUCAACUAUGAGGAACACAAGCCAGUUAUGACAGCAGCAGCAUCGGAGGAUGACCAGUUGGUGGGUUUUGGGACUUGUGCCUACAGCACCUGGCGAGAGGUCUGGGAGAGCAGGGAGGACGGCUAUGCAUCCUUCAUCCUGAAGAAGAAGAACUGCACUGCAGGCACAAAGAUGCAUAAGCUACAACUCUACCUCAAGAAGAAGCUGCAGCCACCCACUGUCACCCCUCUGAUGUCACACACCUCACCUGUGAUGUCACACGCCUCACAUGCUCCUGCUGAAGCCAUUGUGAUGGAUGAAGAUGAAGAGCUGGAGAGGAUGAUGCUGAGCAUCUCUCCUUCAAAGCAACAUGUGCAGAGCUCUGUUUCUGCAUCUUCGUCAUCCUCCUCAUCUGCCAGACUACGAGAAAGAGGUCUUUAACCCAGAGCACCGUGCCGCCGACCGACACAACUGGGACCAUGAGUUCCUCUCCCACAUGAAGCAGGACUCGUCUGGUGUCGACCGACCGUGUUCUGGUCGUGUUUGUCUUUUGGUGUUCCACCUGUUGUCCUCGUGACGAUGAAUGGACUCCGGUCCUGAUGAGGUACCAUCUGCUACACAGGCAGCACCAGCCAAGGCUCAGGGUCCACCAGGAGAUGGUAAAUGUAUCAACAUUGUGCACAUUCACUGAAACAUGAUCUGUCCUGAGUCCACUGUGCAAGAAGUGAUUCUUGUUAUUUGAUCCUUCUCUCUCGCAGCCCUGUAUCUCCAUCUGUGAAGAGACCCGAGCCCAUUCCCCAGGAGCUCGUGUGUCUGAUGCCAGAAUCAGCACGUCACCCGUCAGCAGAGCCGACUGUCACACUUCCUGUGUCAGAGGCGCUCCUGACUUCUCCUGAGACGUCUGCAGAGCCCGGUCAACUGCCAACUCUACAGAGAGGGCAAAGUGAGCCAUUCCCCAGGCCAAUAGCCGUCCCCACCGGUCCUCCUCCACAGCUUCCUGGCUGCCACCAUGACGUCAGCCAGUGGACCUGUUCACAGCAGCAGAGGAUCUGAUGAAGACGAGCUGGAAGCUAUGGGUUGCUUCUGUGGGAUGGGACUGAAGCAGGGCCCAAACAGUCCUCACAUUCACACCGGGUUCCCUGGGGUAGCAGGGAAGUACGUUUAUUGUCCUGCCAAAGUACUUUCCCUGUACAGAGACCAGUGCAUGGAGAAGGAGAUGACGUGGAGAGAGUUCCAGGCGUCUGCCUUCUAUGAGACGGGAAAAACAGAUGGGCCGUUGACAAGAGCAAAUAAGAGAGAUGAGCAGUGUUUUGUCAUGUAUAUAUCUUUUCUUAUUUUAAUAAUUACAUUCUUUUAUUAUAUAAAUUAUAUUUGUUUUACUGUUUUUAUUGUUUGUGUGACCUUGCACUAUGACCUGUGUGUUCAAUAUUUACUGUCCCUGUUGUGAAUAAAUAUAUUUCAUGGA